CACUCAGGUUCACGUGGACUUGAGAGUUGAGACGAACAAAACAUAAGCUUUCAUCAAAUCUGAUAAAUGAUUUGAUUGAAUGACAACCCUCGAUUCUUCCUCCGCCGCUGAAUCGAGUAUGGAUGAAUCAUCGAAUCUUCAACAACCUCCGUCCGCCACCAAUGACCGUCGCUUCGACGGCGGUGGUCUCUCCGAUGAAGAACAGAAUAGCAAAGGAUCCCAGGUGGUGUGGAGUAACUUCACCGAUAGCUUCCGUGAAGUCCAAUCCGUAUUGGACCGAAACCGAGUGUUGAUUCAUCAGGUUAACGAGAAUCACCGGUCCAAAAUUCAUGAAAAUAUGGUGAUAAACGUUGCCCUAAUUCAAGAGAUCAACAACAACGUUUCGAAAAUCGUGUCGCUUUACUCCGAUCUCUCUACGAACUUCUCGAGUGUGUUUCAUCAACGGAAUUCGGAGACUGAUGCAGACAAACCAGAAUAAGAGUUUUGAUCGAUUUUGCAGUAAUUCCAAUAUUCCCUCUUUUUCAUCGUCAUGGUUUCUUGUCGAUUAUGAUGUUAAUUUUGACUUUUCGGAAUUUAAUAAUCUCUAAGUGUUGGAUUUAUAUUUCUGCUUAUGGAAUAUCGGAGUGAUUGUGUGUAAUUUGUUGUGUUCUUGACGGAGGGAAUCUGAAGAUGGGAAAACCAGUUUAUAUUAUAAAUCUAUGUUGUAUGAUUCGUUUAGUUGUUUCAAAUUGAGAUUCAUUUCCUGGUUUCCGAACCAAA